CCUUUCAUCAAGCCCUCGCUCAACAGUUUGGCGCGCACAGAAACACAUUCCAAGAUUUGAGCGAAAUCGAGAGCGAUGAUAAUGGCGCUUGAGCAAACCCUAACUCUUUCGUCAUCAUUGUUAUCAAAGAACUCCAUCUUCUCCAUCCCUAGAAACGAAUUACGAAUCUCUUCUUUCUACCCUUUUCUUUCCGGUCUAAACGCUCCUAAACACCUCCGUUUCGCAACUCGUUUCCCAAAAUGCUCGGCUAUGGAAAACUAUAGCAGUUACUCCCCAACCUACCCCAAACCUUCCGAAAUUCCAUGGAAGAAGGACCUCAGUAACUCGGUCAGUCUAAUUGGGACCGUUGGUAUGCCUGUGGAGCUCAAGCACCUGGCAACGGGCAAGGAUGUGGCUUGGACACGACUUGCUGUGUGGAAGUCCUCUACUGAAACAUCUUGGAUAAAUUUAACAUUCUGGGAUGAAUUGGCGCACGUUGCUUCUCAACACAUCCAGAAAGGCAACCAGAUAUAUGUAUCUGGUCGGCUGGUAGCAGAUUUAGUUGAAGCUGAUGAUGGGAAACAGCAAACAUACUAUAAGGUGGUAGUUCAGCAACUGAAUUUUAUAGAAAGAAGCAACUCAACAGGACCCCAUUAUGACCAAGACUCUAAUUCCGUAAUGGCAGGGAAAAAGCUCGGCAGUGGUGCUGUUGAUAAUGUGGGGUCCACACAAGAACUAUGGCAAGCAUUCUUUGCUAAUCCCGUUGACUGGUGGGACAAUAGGAAGAAUAAGAAGAACCCAAAAUAUCCAGAUUUUAAACACAAGGACACUGGGGAAGCCUUAUGGGUUGAGGGCAGGUAUAAUCCACCCUGGGUGAAGUCCCAGCUGGCAUUAUUGGACAUGAGAAUGAGUUCUCUCGAUGAUCAGGAAGCCAAAAUGGCCAACUUUGUAACUAAUUUUGAUUUCCCAUCUUAUUAAACCGACUCUGGAUUCCUUUAAAUUGUUUCCAACAGGGGUAUUCUCCAAAUAUAUUUGGAAAGAUUCUUUUGUGGUGUCUGGCUUGUUGUAUAGUUUGUAAAUUGGUGUACUGUGUAUUAGAUUGUUAGUAAUUCAAAUAUUUCUUCAGGCUCCAAGAUCA